AUGCUUGGUACAUUACUGUUCGGCGCUGCCGUGUCCAUGUUUGCUUUUAAUGUGCAAGCACAGAACAUCACAACACCUGAUCCUAAGGGUUGCGUUGCCCCAACUGAAUUUGCAUCAUGCCUCACAAAUGCCAAUAACACUGCUAUUAAAUGUGCCAGUCAGUCUAACGCCAGCAUUACCGCGUGUGAGGUGCAGGCACUCGUUGAUGAGAUGCUCUGUUACUAUGGCAGCUGCUGGAAUAAGGUAUAUACUUGCGCUUAUCAAUAUAUCACAUCCGAGUACCUCCUCGCAAUCGAUCGAGACCACAUCCAAAGUGCMCCCUUCUAUCCAGCMCCUGCCGAUGCACCCGACAGCUGCUCUUGCAAUCUCGGCAAUUCAUUGAUUAAUGCCACCUUGAACCAUGACACUUUGUACACUUGCUGGGCUAUGAACAACAAAACUCAAUCACACGAAUGCCAAUGCUGCGUAUACAGUGCCGCCGUGAGCGCAUCAUACGGCAUCUGUCCGGGCACUGAAAAGGACAUCCUCGGUGUGCCAAUUCUGGUCGAGGAAGGCCAGGCGAACAUUGCCGCUAACGGCUCUUGCGAUGCUCUCACAUAUGAAGUCUGCUACGGUCAGUUCGGUAUUCCCACGGCUGACAAUGGCAUAUAUGUGGAUGUCAACAAUCUCCCACCAAACCAGACUCAAGCGCUGAGCAACACUCCUGGGGCAUCAUCACUCACCAGCCCGCCAGGUGGUGAGACUAUGACGGUCACUUUCCUAAACAAAACAUAUACCAUCACUGCGGCACCGUAUAACGCGACUAAUGUGGCCUCUGCCACUAGUACAAAAACUGGGGGGUACAGCAGUAAGGCAAUUGCAUCCAGCUCGGCAGUAGUCAGCUCGGCAUCAAAUACAGGAAGCUCGACGGCGGUUCCUACCGGGGCAGCUAUAGCAAUUGAACCUCAGGUCGCUCUCGGAGUGUUGUCGCUGAUAUUCACUGCUGCAUUUGGUUGGUUUUAG